AAGUGGCGACUACUCGCCCACGAUCGUCCCGUGUGAUUUCCGCUGUGUCAGCUGUUCCUUCGGCGCGCGCGUGAGAGAAAGAGGGCGAGGAGCAGGCCAGGAUCCCGUCUGCCGAGCGGCAGCGCGCCCCACGAGGCCACGACGUUCCCCGCGAGUCGACGACCAGCAGCGACGACCGUUCGCGCUCGCGUGUCGCCCGAUAAUGCAGCAGCAACCGCAAGCGAACGGCAACGGCGCCCCGGCCUCGCCGAGGAAGAAGCAGCGGACGUCCGCCGCCGCCGUGACCGGCGGCUCCAUCUCGAAGGUCACGGUGGUCCUCGGCGCGCAAUGGGGCGACGAGGGCAAGGGAAAGGUCGUGGACAUGCUGGCGAUGGACGCUGACGUCGUUUGCAGGUGUCAGGGAGGAAAUAAUGCAGGGCAUACGGUAGUUGUAGAAGGUGCCGAAUUCGACUUUCACCUUCUGCCUAGUGGAAUAAUCAAUCCCAGAUGCAAAUCCGUAAUAGGCAAUGGGGUAGUGAUUCACUUGCCCGGUCUGUUCGAGGAAUUGGAGAAGAACGAGUCCAAGGGGCUUAAGGAUUGGGAGGACCGGCUUGUAAUAUCAGAUCGAGCACAUAUAGUGUUUGAUUUUCACCAACAGGUCGACGGUUUGCAAGAGCAGGAGAAGGGCACGCAGUCGUUGGGGACCACGAAGAAAGGUAUAGGGCCGACGUAUUCGAGCAAGGCCGCCAGAAAUGGACUCAGGAUUGGGGAUCUCCUCGGGGACUUCGACAAGUUCUCUCAGAAGUUCAACACCUUGGUUACGUCCUACCAGAAAAUGUUCCCCGCCCUGCACGUCGACAUUAAAGCCGAAUUGGAACGGUAUAAGGUGUAUUCCGAACGUAUAAAGCCGUACGUGAGAGAAACGGUACAAUAUUUGCAUCAGGCUUUAAACGAUGGCAAGAAGGUUUUGGUAGAAGGUGCCAAUGCGGCGAUGUUGGACAUUGAUUUUGGAACUUAUCCAUAUGUGACAAGUUCGAAUUGCAGUAUAGGUGGUGUAAUGACGGGCCUCGGCUUGCCGCCUAGCACGAUCGGCGAGAUUAUCGGCGUUGUGAAGGCUUAUACUACCAGAGUUGGCGACGGGCCCUUUCCCACGGAACUCGUAGACUCCACGGGAGAACUGUUGCAGAAAAGGGGCCACGAGAUUGGUGUAACCACGAAACGAAAGAGGCGAUGCGGAUGGCUGGACUUGCCGUUGCUAAAAUUUACAACUCUCGUUAACGGGUACACCUCUAUAUGCUUAACGAAACUUGAUAUCUUGGAUACUUUGCCGGAGAUAAAAGUAUGCGUUGGAUAUCGAUUAAACGGGAAGGACAUAGAUUAUUUUCCGAGCAGUACUUCGGAAUUGACAAAGAUCGAGGCGGUGUAUAAAACGGUCGAGGGUUGGCAAUCCAAUACCGAGGGUGUGCGUUCCCUAGAUAAAUUGCCGCCCAAUGCACACAAGUACAUACAAAUUAUAGAGGAAAACCUAGAUGUGCCAGUCAAAUGGAUCGGCGUAGGGGCGGGACGAGAAAGCGUAAUCGCCCUCUGACGAUACACGAUCCGCAUAAUGUUACUUAAACGCACGGCAUUAAAUGUAUUAUUAAUUUUAAUUUUAUCCGUAACGUUUGCAAUGCAGAGCUGAUGAGCGCACACGCGGCAUACUGUAACAAUAAGUUUUCAGCGAGCGUAGUAUUAAUCGUGAAUCCUGAGCAAUGUGUAAUUGUAACAACAACGUGACCGAUUAGUCAUUUUGUAGUCGAUAUCUAACAAGUGAGCUGAAGAUUAUUAAAAAAAAAGUUCGUUAUAUUAUCCAGUUAUUUUUAGUGGAUGUUCUGUUUUAUCGGAGAUAUAUAUUAAAGUAUUUUUUGUUUCUCU